AUGGCGUCAUCUUCAACUUCGCCAUGUGCAGCCUGCAAGUUUUUGAGGCGAAAAUGCCAACCAGAAUGCGUUUUUGCACCUUACUUUCCACCUGACCAACCUCAAAAAUUCGCCAAUGUCCACAAAGUAUUUGGAGCCAGCAAUGUCACCAAGCUUCUGAACGAACUGCACCCUCACCAACGUGAAGACGCCGUGAACUCACUUGCUUAUGAAGCCGACAUGCGUCUCCGUGAUCCAGUCUACGGUUGCGUUGGUGUCAUCUCCCUUCUCCAGCACCAGCUCCGCCAGCUCCAGAUGGAUCUUUCUUAUGCAAAAUCUGAGCUUUCUAAGUACCAAAGUCACAAUCUCAACGGUAGUGCCACUCAAGGACUUAUAGCUGCCGCAGCAGCGGCGGCGGCAGCAACCCACCACCACCACCAUCAUCAAACCCUAGGAAACAACUUGAUUGGUUGUUGUGGCGGUGGAGUCGUCAGUCGAGACCAUUUGUACCACCACCAUUCACCGUUCUUCCCAACCAGAGAUCAACAAACGGCUGCCAUCAGAGCCUUUGAUGUCAACAGUAGUUACGAUGGCACCACCGGCGGUGGUGCUGGUGUUCUUGCUAUGAAUGCUUCCACCGGCUGUAUUGGCCAACACCCACAAUUCCAGCAACCUAGAGCUGCCGGAAACGAUGAUCGGCCGACACCAAUCGAUCCAUCUUAG